ACUGAACAGAUGGAAACAGAAGCUGAUGGAGAGGACUGUGGAGGACCAGAACCAGACAGGAACUCAGAUCCAGAUACUGAUAACGAGACUGAAGACUCUUCUGAACCAGAGACUGAUGACAGCGAUGACUGGAAACAGAACAGAGACCACCAAUCAGGUUCAAACUCUCUGAAAAAUGUGCUUGAUGAUGAAGAAGAGGAAGCUCAGUCCUCACAGCUUCAUCAAAUACAAACUCAGGAGAACAGAGAGGAAGAGCAUUUGAAAACAGAAACUGAUGGAGAGAGAUCCAGAUCAGAUCCAGAUAGUCCUUUACAACCAGCUGCUGAUGAGACUUUACACUCCUCUGAAUGUGAGACUGAUGAUGGUAGAGACUGGGAGGAGACUCAGGAACUUCAGUCAAUUUUAAACCCUCUUCAAAACAAUGAAGUACCUGUAAGUGAUCUGCACUGUAAUACUGGAAAAACAUCAAUCGGCUCCUCUGAAUGUGCUGGAAGCUUUAACAAGGGAUAUCUGAACAAACACACUGAGUCUAAAACAGGAGUGAAACCAUUUCAAUGUUCAGUUUGUGGCAAAGGAUUUGCACAAAAGGGAAACCUGACAAAUCACAUGAUUGUCCACACAGGAGAGAAACCAUUUAGUUGUUCAGUUUGUGGUAAAAUGUUUGCACACAAGAGAAACCUGACACAACACAUGACUUGCCACACAGGGGAGAAACCAUUGAGUUGUUCAGUUUGUGGUAAAACAUUUGCACAUAAGGGAAACCUGAAGGGUCACAUGAUUGUCCACACAGGGGAGAAACUAUUUAGUUGUUCAGUUUGUGGUAAAACAUUUGCACAAAAGGGACACCUGAAAGGUCACAUGAUUGUCCACACAAGGGAGAAACUAUUUAGUUGUUCAGUUUGUGGUAAAACAUUUGCACAAAAGGGACACCUGAAAGGUCACAUGAUUGUCCACACAGGGGAGAAACUAUUUAGUUGUUCAGUUUGUGGUAAAACGUUUGCGCGCAAGAGAAACCUGACACAACACGUGACUUUCCACACAGGGGAGAAACCAUUUAGUUGUUCAGUUUGUGGUAAAACAUUUGCACAUAAGGGAAACCUGACACAACACAUGACUGUCCACACGGGGGAAACUGUUUAGUUGAUCAGUUUAAAAUAAAAGAUUCUCUUGUCUCUGUAAUUUCAUAAAUCUUAAUUAUAUUGGUGAGAGUGUCAGAAAUACAUGAGACAUGUUUAAACACUUAAAAACUGUCAGACUCCAAAAUCUGUUUAUUCAGCUAAGAUGAAGCUACACAUCAAUUUAAAUCCUGUUGGUAUUUGUCUCUAUAUGUUGUCAGGUAUUUAAUAUUGUGUUAAAUUGUGAAAGUAUUUCUUGUCCCCUAUACAGCACUAUGGUUUGAGCUGAAUUAUCAUUGGUGAUGAAACUAAGACAAAUAUUUAACCUUCUUUCUCUUCAGCAACGUUUUCUCUCGUUUAAAUUCAUUACUUCCGUGAUUUUGUUUCACUCUACAAACUGCAAUUUUGUUCCAUAACUGAAGAAAAAAAUAAUAGUGGUUAGUUGUCUACAUCGGUUUUUAUUCAACAUCACCCUCUACUGACCUCAUCUCUUUGGGAUAUAGUGAUUCUGUCCGAUGGAAGGAGAAUCUUGAAUAUUCAGCAAAGAUUUCAGUUCUAGUUCCUUGUGUUGAUGAGCUGGAACUUCGUUUUAUGACGGGAAUAUUUAAUCUUUUGUUUACAGACUUUUCUCUCUUUGAUUUAGUCGAAGAACUAUUGUGACAAAUGUUCAAGUAAUCUGUUCUAAUUGUUUUCAUGAUGGCUCACAAACAGUUGAAAAGUUCCGCCAAUGUUUUCACCAUCAUAACUGCAGUUCAAUUUGUUCUUUCGAUUGCCUGUUUUUCCAGAAAUAAAUCAUAAGAAACUGAAACUUUUCAUGGACAAUGGACUCUUUAUCCUGCGUAUACCACA